GGUAGAGAACUUGCCAAUAGUCAAAAAUGAAAUUGGAGAAACGAUGUUCCAAUGUCAACGGGGAGUUCAAAGUCCUGAGGAAAACCACCUAAACGGAGAGCCAGUUAAAGCCCUCGCUUUUCAUCAGGCAGAUAACAAUGUGCUCCUGGCUGAAAAAAAUCACCAAGAAACCGGAAUGUGUCCAGGGUGUGGAAAAAUAUUGAAGGAGGAAUCAGGAUUGUGUGGAAAUUGCAGAAGGCAUCCUGUCGAGGCACAACCUGAAAAUAGGGAAUGGGCCUUUCCUCUUAUUUUAAAUCAAAAUAUAUUGUUUGGGGGAAAAUUAUAUAAAGGUGUGAAAUGUGAUGAGACCUUCAGCCAGAGUAGCCAUCUCAGUAACCAUCAAAAGAUUCAGGUCUGCAGGAAUCCAUAUCAAUGCAUGGAUUGUGGGAAGAGCUUCCAUCAGAAAAGUCAGCUUAUGACUCAUGAAAGGAUCCACCGAGGAGAGAAACCACAUGCCUGCACAGAGUGUGGAAAGAGCUUCAUUAGGAGAAGUUACCUGACUUCCCACAGGAGAAUCCACAGCGGGGAGAAACCCUAUCAAUGUACGGAGUGUGGGAAGUGCUUCUCUCAGAGAAGCCACCUUGCCUCCCAUAAGAGGAUCCACACAGGGGAGAAACCGUAUCAGUGCCUGGAGUGCGGAAAGUGCUUCAGAGAAAUAAGUCGCCUCACUUCCCAUAAAAGGAUCCACACCGGAGAGAAGCCCUAUAAAUGUAUGGAGUGUGGGAAGAGUUUUAGUGUGAGCUGUUCCCUGACAUCCCAUAUGAGGAUCCACCGAGGAGAGAAACCCUAUCAAUGCGUGGAGUGUGGGAAGUGCUUCAGUCAGAGCAGUUACCUGAGUUCCCACAGGAGAAGCCACAGAGGGGAGAAACCCUAUCCAUGUACGGAGUGCGGGAAGUGCUUCUGUCGCAAAAGUGAGCUUACUUGCCAUCAGAGGAUCCACACAGGGGAGAAACCGUAUCAGUGCCUGGAGUGCGGGAAGAGAUUCAGUGUUGCAAGUUACCUCACUUCCCAUAAAAAGAUCCACACCGGAGAGAAGCCAUACCAAUGUCUGGAGUGCGGGAAGAGUUUUAGGGUAAACAGUUCCCUUACAUCCCAUAAAAGGACUCACACAGGGGAGAAGCCAUACAAAUGUACGGACUGUGGAAAGAGCUUCACUGUAAGCAGUUCCCUUAAUUCUCAUAAAAGGAUCCACACAGGGGAGAAACCGUACCACUGUGUGGAAUGUGGAAAGAGUUUUAGAAAGAGUAGUUCUGUGACUUCCCAUAGAAGGAUCCACACAGGAGAAAGCAUAUGAGUGUACGGACUGUGGAAAGUGUC